UCCGAGUUAACGCUCAACCCGUCAUUGUUGACAGUUUUCAGAGAAAGCUUCACGCAGCUGUUACGAGAAACAAACGCUCUUCCUCGUUACAGCUUUUCGCUUAUUUAUAUACGUGUAUUACAUAUUUAUAGUUUUGUUCAGAGAAUUCAUCAAAUAACCCUAAUUGUCCACGAAUUUUUAUUCGUACAAAAAUUCACCAUCGAACGGACAAAAUGAGUGGUAGACAAAUGACGAUGAAUGGGAAAAGACCAUCCUCGAUCCCAUCCAGACAUCAGUCUGAAACUGUAGCACAACAUUUUGAUUUAAUUAAAUACAUUUAUGAUUCAUGGAAUACAGUAUCAAGAGAAUUAGAUAUGUGCCACAAUCAACCGCAUAGUAAUUCUUCUAAUUAUAGAAAUGGAGCAUCUGUCACAUAUUAUCAAGAACGAGAACCAAAUCCCCAACUCAAAGAUUUUGAGCCAUUUAACCUUGAAGCCUGGUGGGGACAACGCGUUGUUCAAAGUAUUACUAGAAAUGCAAAUUCCUAGUGCCAGGCUCGACAUAUUGAUUAUAAUCGAACAUUCUCAAAUAGACAUAAGAAACAGAAAGAAUAAAUUCAGAGCUGCCGGAGAAAAUUUUUCCAUUUCUAGAAAGGAUUUAUUAUAUACUCAAAGAUAAGUGACACAAAGAGAGUAGUAUAGGUAUAAAUAAGUAUCUAGCAAUCAAUUUUGAAUCUUUUUGAUAACAAAAAUAGGAUAUUAGCAAAUAAUCAAAGAUAAAAAUGAAAGAAAGAGAAAGGGAAAGAGCAGGGUUAUGGAAACAUACAUAUUAGUAUGAAUAUGACAUUCCUCUAAUCUUUUAUCAUAUUUUAACAUAAUAUUGCCUUUUCCUGGACCUUUUUACUUGUCGUGUUUUUAAAAGUAUUUUACAUAAAAAAUUGCAAUUAAGCUGUUUCUAAAAAUGUCUUUCUAAGAUUUGAGAUUCAGCGCGAUGAAUAACUCAGAAAUACAGUGCAUGCUAAAACUAUUUAUUUUAUUUGCCAACAUAAGGCAAACAUAUAACUGUGAGUUUAUAUUAUAAAUCAAAUUUUCAUUAUGUAAUAAUGAAAACCUUAGAGUAAUUCGUCUUUCCACCUUUGUAAUUAAAAACUUACAUAUAGAAUGCUGAAUCAAGAGCACAUGAGUUAUAUAUAAAUUCUAUAGAUUUCGAUCGAAGGAAAUGUACGAGAAGGGAAGUUGGACUACCUUUUAAGGCUUAUGCAUAUAUUGCAUAUAUGUAUUUUUCCACGAAUUGCAUUUCACAGUUUUUAAUAAAUUUUUCCAUUUACAAACGUGUAAUGAAAUCGCACUUUAUUGUAAAA